GAUCAUUUUGUGCCAAAUUCUUUUUUCCCAUAGGAAGAAAAGACUGGUCAGAAGCCGUCUGAAGCCAGAGAGAUAAAGCUGUACGCCCAGAUCCCCCCAAUAGAGAAGAUGGACGCAUCUCUCUCCACACUUAGUAGUUGCGAGAAGCUUUCCCUGUCUACUAACUGCAUUGAAAAGAUUGCCAACCUGAAUGGCCUAAAAAACUUGAGGAUUUUGUCCUUAGGAAGAAACAACAUAAAGAACCUAAAUGGACUGGAAGCAGUAGGAGAGACAUUAGAAGAACUGUGGAUCUCUUACAAUUUUAUUGAGAAGUUGAAAGGGAUCCAUGUGAUGAAGAAGCUGAAGAUCCUCUACAUGUCUAAUAACCUGGUGAAAGACUGGGCUGAGUUUGUGAAGCUGGCGGAACUGCCAUGCCUGGAAGACCUGGUGUUUGUGGGCAAUCCCCUGGAGGAGAAACACUCUGCUGAGGGCAACUGGAUCGAUGAAGCGACCAAGAGAGUGCCCAAGCUGAAAAAGCUGGAUGGUACUCCAGUAAUUAAGGAGGAUGAGGAGGAGGAAGGCUAAGGCUGUACUUUCUACUUCAUGUUAAUUUAUUUAAAUGUUAUGAGAAAAAUAGAUGAGUUUUGUAUAAUGUCUAUUUUAAAGAUUUUGUGGGGGCAGAGUUCUUAGCAUAAAACACACCUCUCACUUCCAUCCUUAAAAACCCUAUUUCGUGUUUCUCCCUCAGACUGAUAGCACUAACUUUAGUUUAGUCUCAACUUGGAAACUACACAUUUCCUGGUUUUGUCCAGUUACAUAUGUCAUCUGUCUCCUAAAAUUUAUGGACCACAGUCAUUUUUAACAGCAAAGGGACCUGCUCUCUGCACUCAGUUGCUUAGUAUUUUUUUAGGCCAGGCAUUUAAAAGAUAUACGUUCAAUUCUAUACAAGGUUCAUAUCCUUCUAACUCAAAAGCACAAAUGUAUCAGCGCAGCGGUUCAGGAGGCAGCGUGGUGAUGGGAAACACUCUGUGAGAACCCAGCUGUGCCUGGGACUAAGAGGAAGAAGGACUGUCUUGGAGCCUUCUUAGCUCAGCUUACCCUCGCUUACUUCUUUUUCCAAAAAUGUGUGCACCGUCAACUGGAAUUCAGGUUAUGCCACAUGGAUGGCCACUCAAGUCAUUAUAUGUACAACCAGACACCCAUAAUCCCAUCAGUGGCUAAUGCAUCUGGCACACUCACUCCUUUGAUAGUAAGGGUUAACUUUUGUGGACCUUACUUUAUGCAGAGUUUUAAAAAUAAUUUCUCAUAUGUUUAAAGCAGUAGAGAACAGUUCUAAGUAUCU